UGGGGAUGUUCACACUGUGGCCUGUGACCACAGAAAAGGGAGCUGAUACACCAUCUCUAGACGAUUAUGUAGUUUUUCACCAGACUACUCCUGAAAUGAGGCUGAGGAUCCCAUGGGAAACCAGAAAAAUCAAAUGUUAAAUCUGUGCCCUCCCCAGGCUGUAACAUCUGAAAAGCCACCACGAUGGAAAGUGACUGAUUAAUCUUGUCGACUCUGUAAGUAUUUCUUGAGUGCCUACUGUAUGUCAGUGUUGUGUGCUGUGAAGAAUAUCAAGGGAGGUUAGAGUCCCUGCCCUGAAGACCUGACAAUUUAAAGAAGGAAUUGGUGAAGUGGACAAGUGUAACAGUAAGGUGUGGCAAAGUAUGUGCCAAGCAAAGUUGAAACCCUGUGUUUGGGGGACCUUAUGGAAAAUGGGACCAUGACUGGAGAUAAGAGACUCCACAGGGGCUGCAUUUGACCCCCCGUCUGAUGGUGCCAAUGAGAAACCUCUAUUCUUCAGGCAGUUAAAACAACAUUGAUCGAGCGACUGCUAGAUAACUGGUGCUUGUACGGGGGACUGAGGAUCCAAAUGUUCUCAGGCUGUGCAAGGAAUAUAUUUUUUUUUUUUUUGCAAGGAAUAUUUUGUGUGUCUUCCCACCAAAAGCCUGACCAGGAGCCUGAGCAGGAUCCUGAGGAGACUGACUAGGAAUGCUGGGCCCCCAGGUCAGUUGGCUGCCGGCUGAACUUACCUGGUGGAAGACACUAACAGAAGGCUGCAGAGCAGGGUUUUCAUACAAUUCUGCGAAUGCUGAGAGACAAGAAGAGAGUGGGUGCCAGGAUGAAAUGAGGAAGCACUCCUGCCAGCUUCCACCAAAAACUAGAUCACAGGCUCCAGCUCUGAAAGGAGAGGAGUUAAAGAAGGGUCUCACAGAGGCUGGAGAGGACCGUGCCUGUACACUGUGCUUUAAGACCAUAUUCAGGUCCUGUCCUCACAGUCACGAGACGGGCAGAUGCCAUGGUCUAGCUCCAGGACAUAUGCUGUAUGGAUUUUCUUCUCCAGAAACGAUGACAUGGUCAGGUAACACCUCUGUGAUGGCAAGGAUUUCUGGUGCACAGUUUGUCUAUGGAAUUUACAACAAUCUUAGAUGCAAAAAGACCUACCUGACAAGAAUAAAAUCAAUGCUUUGUAUAAAUUAUCUGGGUUUACUGAGCCAUCACCUCAUUACUUACAUGGGUGUGGUUUCUAUUUGUAAUCAUCGGUUCCUCUCAUCAGUGCCUGGGGGCCUUGCCCCAAUUAGGAAUAGCCAGAAAGGAGUCACACAGACCCAUCUCUGUCCCUCAUUGUCAUCUGUGCAACAUUCUUCUCAUUCUAAGCUGUGAUGUUUUUCUGCAGACAUCCAUGCUGGCUCAUGCCAAUUCCAGGGGCUUUAGGGCUCCUUUGGAAUUCACUAAAGAAUUUUUAAGGAGCAAAGGUCCUGAUAUCUACCCAGUUAACAGUAUCAAAACAGAGACUUCUAAUAGAGCAAUAACUUCUUUUCUAUGGAAAGAAAAGAAACAUGAUAGGAGCAAGUUAUUUAUCCUCUUGAGAAAGCCCGAGUUCCUCCAGGCAGCCAACCGAAUCAUUUUGAGUUCCAUUUAUGUGCCACACAAUGUACGUGUUCCCUGGCUUAGGAUUUACAGCCUGGAGAACUAGAGCCUAUAGUUUUAGGGAAGCUCCCAGGAAUGUCCUUAAAAUGAUGUCCAUGGGAAAUUUGCAGUGGGGAGCAGUGAACACAGUGUUGUGCAGUGGACUGGGGAGACCCCAAGCUCUGAGACCUAGCCUGUGGGAAAUGUGUCCCCGAAGGUACUUGGUUUCAUCGUGAGAAAGAAUUCAAGGACAGACACAACACAGUGGAUGAGCAGUACAGGCAGGAAAGUUUAUUAAAACAAAA